ACAUGGGUGGUGACGUCACUCGAUCUGCCCGGGGAACAAUCAGAGGCAGCGCGAGCGCCACUUGAAUGGAUUGUUGUCGGUGAAUAACUUUGCUCCUGGUUUCUCCCCUUUUGCCCAACGCUCGCAUUUUCUGCCGUUUUUCUUCUAAUAUCUGCGAGUCCAAAUAGCACUAAAUGGUAUAUGAAGCACUUAACACCACUCGGAAAAGUGUGUUAGCAACAAACCCCCGAGGUCUGUGUGUGCGGCUUAACUUUUGCAAAGUGGGUGUCCUGGGAUCUGUUGGAAUCUGCAUGGACUAAUAUGAAGAGUCUGAAGGCAAAGUUUAGGAAAAGUGAUGCUCAUGAAUGGAACAAGAACGAUGAGCGUCUCCUCAGUGCAGUAGAGCAUGGAGAAGCAGAUAAAGUCACCUCUCUCCUGUCGAAGAAAGGAGCCUGUCCCACCAAGCUUGAUAGCGAGGGAAAGUCUGCUCUGCAUGUAGCAGCCACACGAGGUCAAGCUGAGUGCCUUGCUGUUAUCCUGGCUCACGGGGCUGAUGUUUCUCUGCAGGACGCUUCAGGGUUUACUGCUUUACACCUUGCUGCCAAAAAUAACCAUUCUGAGUGUGCCAAAAAGUUGCUUCAGACUAAGUGUGUGGUGGAUACGCCGGACAGCUCAGGGAGGACAGCUCUUCAUCAUGCAGCUGCCAGCGGAGACACUGUGAUAGUUCAGCUUCUGUGCGGGCACAAGUGUCACGUCAAUCUUAACGAUUCGGAUGGCUUCACGCCCCUGCUUUUGUCAGCUAGGCAUGCACACGCAGAGGUCUGCCAGAGUUUAUUGGACUGGGGCGCUGACAUCAACGCUAGAGACAAAAAUGGCAGAACCGCAGUGAUGUUGGCCAGUGAGAGCAGCUGUCCGGCCGCUGUCGAGCUGCUGGUGCAGAGGGGAGCUGACCUGCAAAUGGUGGACUCGUUGGGCCACGACGUGCUCCAUUACGCCAAACUGUCAGGCAGCAGCGAGGUCCGAACCGCUCUCAACACGGCCGUUCACAGACAGCAGUCUGAGUCAGAUAAGAGUUCAGCGAGAACCCCUCAGCAUGGUCAAAAGUUAAAUGAGGACAGAAGCUCCACUCCCAAAAAGAGAAAAGCACCUCCUCCUCCCAUUAGCCCAAUCCAGUCAGCUGGUAUCAUCUCACCACCAUAUUUUACUCCAACCGAAACUCCUUUGUCCAGCAAAAGCGAUUCAUCCAAAAGAUUCAAUUACCAGGGGGAGGAGGAUCUGAAAAGUGCUGUACUGAAGGAAGAGAUCGAAAAAUUGCAUGAGGAAAAAAGCAUGCUACUCGAGACCAUUGAAGAUCUGAAGCAGAUUGUGGAGCAGACUGAGCCCAAGUUGGAGCACUCUGGGAACACAGAUUCAACGUUGAUUGCAGCACUGCAAGCAAAGAUAGCCUCUCUCUCCCUGGAAAACCAGCAACUUGCCCAAAUAAUAAAGAAACGUCCAGCUCCACAAGGAGAGGAAGGCCAGGGAGGUUCCCGUCCAAACAGCAUUGAGUCUAAUGCCUCGUACCACUCCACCCGUGCUGAUUUCGAGCUCUCCAGCGACGUGCAUAUCCAUACUGGUGACGAAGAGGAUCUUUCAGAGUUGUCUAUUCUGGACAUCAGUGGUUCCUCAAACAAACAUGAGAUUGAGGAGGACACAAGGCUGAGUGCGGAUAAAGAAAUCGGACUGCUACGGGACGCACUGGAGAAUCUGCAGGCUAAACUUCUAGAGUCCAGAAUGGAGAACCGCACCCUUCAGGCCAAACUCAGCACUGACUUUGAGAAAAUUGAAGUUGCAUCUAAAAGCAUGGGUGAGAAUACCCCAAAAUGCCAGGAAGCUUUGCAAGAGUUACAGAUGAGGGGAGAUUCUGUGAGUACACAAGAGGACAAUGUGGUGCAGAAGUUUCAGUAUUUGAAGAGCUGCCUGGAGCAGGAGGUCAAAGAACUGAAGGGAAAAUUGGCCAUAUCGCACGAGGAGCAAAAGCGAGAUGCUUGUUUGAUAAGGGAUCUUCAGACUCAGCUCAAAAUUGGCCAUCUAUCCGAGGAAGAGCGUCAAGAACUGAAGAACACCUACAACACUUUGGUGGAGAACAUCAACCAGGAGAAGGCACUGUUGAUCGAGAAGUACAAGGAGUCUCAAGAGGAGAUCAGGAUGCUCCAGGAGGCCCUUCGAGGCACUGUGCCGGUGGAGGCUGCUGCCAAAGACUUUGAGGAGAUGAAGGCAGAGCUCGGCGAGAUUAUCGAUGGGCUGCAGCGGCGGCUUUUGGAGCUCUCAAAAUCAUACAGUGAGGCCAAAAGCGAGCUUAGCAUCACCCGCAACCAGCUGCAGUCCAAAGCUUCAGAGCCUAAGGACAAGGCAGAUGGGGCCUGUAUCACCAAGGAGGAGCAUGAGCAGAAAAUUCAAGAGCUGGCGUUCAAGAUGAAGGACAUGCAGAAGGCAUUGAAGGACACUGAGGCUAAGCAUCAAGCGGCACUUAAAGAAAUAGCCCAGGUUAAACAAGAUGCCGAAAACCAGGUUCAAUCGUCCGUAGCUAUUGCAGACCACACCCAGGUUGUGGCAUCCUUGGGGAACGCCAUCAAGAACCUGGAGUCAGAAGUUAACGUUCUUAAAGAGCAGCUCGACCAGAAGACCUUGCAGGUGGACUCUUUGCAGAACAGACUGACAGUUAAGAAGGAUGUAACUCCAGAUGAUUCAUUAUCCCGACUGGAAUACGAGCAGAUGAGAGAGAAGCUGGAGGGUGAGAUAAGUCACCUGAACCACCUACUGAAGGAUGCUCUCAGGAAACAGGAUGAGAUGGCUCUGGAGGUGACCGCCACUUGGCAGGAGGCGAAGGACGCCAGAAAUGAGAGAGAAGCAGCACAGGAGCUGGCAGGGAGCAGGAAGCAGGAGUGCAGUGCAUUGAAUACCAAGUACAGGGAGGCUCAGGAGGUUGUUGUCCAGCUGAAGAAGCAGGUGGAAAACCAUGUGAUAUCCGAGCGAGAGAAGAAUAAAAAGAUUGACGAGCUCUCAAAGGAAGUUAUGAAGUUAAAGGAUGCUCUGAACAGCCUUUCACAGCUGUCGUACACCACUAGCACCCCUAAGAGACAGCAAAGCCAGCAGGUGGACUCACUCCAACAGCAGAUCAAACAACUGCAAUAUCAACUUGCUGAGUCGAAUAAACGUCACCAUGAAAUUGUCUCAGUCUACCGGAUGCACCUUCUUUAUGCUGUCCAGGGCCAGAUGGAUGAAGAUGUGCAAAAGGCUUUGAAGCAGAUACUUGUAAUGUGCAAAAUGCCAUCCGAGGCCAAGUGAACGAGCCAGUAUUGCAGUUGUUCAUGAACUGCCAAAAAACAGUGAUCAAAGGAUAUUCAUCUGAGAACUAAAGUCCAGAAACCAUCAAUCAGAAUGACACAUGUAGUCAAGCACCGCAAUUGAAAUCACCAUUGGCUUACCCCUGAUAUUUUGGAAAUGUAUAGUGAACUUGAGUAAUUUACGAAAAGGGGAAAACAAUUGAUGUGCGCAACAAUUUCUCAGCUCACACAGUGCCAGACAAAGAAACACAAUCUACAGUCAAUGAUCUUCUGAAAUCUGUUUUGAAAAUUGUUCUAUUUUUGUACAUUGUUAAAAAAAUAAUCAGUAUUUGAUCCUGUUGUGAGGCAAUUAUAAUUAUUUUGUCAAUUUGCUUUGGGGUAGAAUGCAAAAACCAUGCACAAUGUGUGUUUUCCUGAAUAGCAGUCCAUUGCAAUGCACCUUUUACAACCAGUUUUCUGUCUUUUUCAGUUGUAGUGUAGUGCAGCCACCUGUAGUAUCUGCAUGCUGUGAAAAGUCAAGUGGCUCGAUGUUUGUUCUAGGACAUUGCGACCUUUUUCAGUAGUGUUGAAUUCUCCAGUUUUUCAGGGUAGGUGCUUUGACAAAAUGUCCAUGCGCAAAUGCACUUUUCUUAGUCAGUAGUCGCUCUUUCUUUGAUGCCAGCAUUAACCUGCCAUUUCUAGGACACCUGAUGGGUUGUGUCCAUGUGCCUCUACUCAUUUUUAAAGCCCCUGCUAAUAUUUUGGAGGCCAUAACAUAUGAAGCAGCACUACAUUUCUUUUGCAUUAUGCUUGGUCCAACCAGUUUUCUGCACUAAAACAUUUUAGUUUUAGAGUUGCGCAUCCUAAAUAUGUUGUCUGUAAUAGUAAUGAAGUCACUGCAUGUUAAACAAUUACUGUAGUUAGUAGUGUACUAAAGACUCCAGUGACACAGUGAGGGGUGAGUUAGCCCCAGCACUUCAGUGUAGUUGUGGUUUUUACAACAAAGAAGGAUUGGAAAGGAUGAGAUGGAAUUUGUUAAACAUUCAGCAUACAUGUACUACAUCAGUGUAGGGAUAAACACACUUCCCCACUUUAGGAGUUGCUGAAAUGUGGGCCAUAUGAAGGAUUUUUGACAUCUAAACAGUUGUUAGUGUUAAGAAAUAUAUAAUAGCACUUGAAAACAUGCUGUUCACCUGUAGAGCAUGGUGUAGAUGUCAUUUUAUCCAUGCACUGAAGCCUUGCUCGUUACCUGGUUUAGUGCGGUGUUGUAGCUUUUGAAUGUAAUUUGAGGGAUGCAUAUGAUAUAAACUUGUUUAUAAGGAGUAAAUUGCUUUCAUAUAAAAAAUAUAGCGGAGUUUUGUAUUAAGUAUUGAGUGUCCAUUACCUAGAAAUAACACUAUUGUGUGCCAUGUUUGCUUUUUGUUUUUUUUAUCCAUUACAGUUGCUUACAGUGCCAUUGCAUUACUAAACAAGUUCAAAAAAUACAAAACACAUUUGUCAUAUAGCCCGAAUUACAUCUCAAAAUGUUCAAUAAAUAUCUGAUAACUUAAGUUUCUGAAGUGAAAAUUUUUAUGCAAAAAUAACUGCCCUGUUGAAUGCCCAUGAUAUUGUUAUUGAGCUCUUGUCAUAUUUCAUGAUCAGUUCAUAGUCAACUGAAUUGUUUUUCGUAAUGUAUUUGUAUCAAUGUUAUUGAGUCAGACAACGUGCUGUUGGCUGUUGUAUUUUUUGCAUAGUUAAUAAACUUAUGAAUUGGUU